UCCUAAGCUUGUCCUUAGAUGAACAGUUAGACAUUCCUAGAGGCUGGUACAUCAAACAAGGGAGUAGAAGUCUUGUUUUCCUUUCUCUUUCCUCAGCCUGUACAUCUCUUCCUCUGACCACCUUCCAUCAGUCUGCUCCCUCUACUAUCUGCUUCCUGUAUUGACCAUGCCUGGGUGGAGCUGCCUGGUGACAGGAGCAGGAGGGUUUCUGGGCCAGAGGAUCAUCAGGAUGUUGAUGCAGGAGGAAGAGCUGCAGGAGGUCAGAUGCCUGUUCAGGACAUUUGGUCCAAAACAUGAAGAGGAAUUAUCCAAGCUGCAGACAAAGGCCAAGGUGACAAUACUGAAGGGUGACAUUCUGGAUGCCCAGUGCCUGAGGAGAGCCUGCCAGGGCAUCUCUGUUGUCAUGCACACCGCUGCUGCUGUUGACCACUUUUGUACUGCUUCCAGACAGACCAUCCUAGAUGUCAAUCUGAAAGGUACGCAGCUCCUAUUGGAUGCUUGUGUGGAGGCCAGCGUGCCAGUCUUCAUCUACAGCAGCUCAGUAUCUGUGGCUGGACCAAACUCCUACAAGGAGAUCAUCCUGAAUGCCCAUGAGGAAGAGCAUCAUGAAAGCACAUGGUCUGAUCCAUACCCAUACAGCAAAAGGAUGGCUGAAAAGGCAGUGUUGGCAGCCAAUGGGAUCAUCCUGAAAAAUGGUGGCAGGUUGCAUACUUGUGCCUUAAGACUCCCACUCAUUUAUGGGGAAGAAAGCCAAGUCAUUUCAACCAUCGUGAAUAGAGCACUCAAGAACAACAGCACAUAUAAGAAAUAUGCCUCAUUUGGCGUAGUCAACUCAGUGUAUGUGGGCAAUGCAGCCUGGUCACACAUUCUGGCUGCCAGGGGCCUACAAGAUCCCAAGAAAUCCCCAAGCAUUCAAGGACAGUUUUAUUACAUCUCAGAUGACACCCCUCACCAGAGCUUUUCUGAUUUAUAUUAUACCCUGGUCAAAGAAUGGGGCUUCCGCCUUGAUUCCAGGCGGAGCCUUCCUUUGCCCCUGCUCUACUGGCUUGCCUUCCUGCUGGAAACUGUGAGCUUCCUGCUACGUGCAGUCUACAACUAUAGGCCAUCCUUUAGUCGUUUCUUUGUCACAAUAACAAAUAGCGUGUUCACUGUCUCCUACAAGAAAGCUCAGCGAGAUCUGGGCUAUGAGCCACUUGUCAGCUGGGAGGAAGCCAAGCAGAAAACCUCAGAGUGGAUAGGGACACUAGUGAAGCAGCACAGAAAGACACUGGACAAAAAGUCUCAGUGAUGGGAAGAUGGCAGGACAUGACCCUGGGUGUUAUCAGGUCCUCCAGAAAGGGACUUAGAAACAACCCAACUCUUACAAUUCCAUUUGACACACUGUCCACCCUGUCUUCAGGUCACCAAAGUCUUGCAAGUCCCUGGCCCAGUCACAACCCUUCAGCACUAAGUGCUUUCCCAGCAAUGCACAAGCUGUUCCUCCUCAGCUGCUGUAACCAAAGGCUCAGGUGCUCGUAUUGCAUUGUCUGGAACCUCUUGUAGGUUAGAAUUUCAUCAGGGCUUCCAGUACCCCUCUCCAUGUCCCAAAGCUAUUCUUGUCUGAGAAAAUUCCCAUUCCUUUAUGAAGCUCAUAGAAAAGAACAAUAAAAUGUUUUAAUGGUUAAUCUGGAAAA